AGUCGCACACGCAUAUCGUCGUCGACGGUCCAGGUGUCGAGAGACUCUCGCGUAAUACGCGCCGACCGACCGUAUCUUGUGUUUGUGUGUGUGUGUGUGUGUGUUGCCGCUGCUGCUACUCCCUUCGAGUCUGUGCGCGAGUUUUUCCUCGUCGACCCGAAUUUUGUGGAGGCUCCGGAGAAACUCGCCAGCGGCUAAUGCGAGCGGCCGUUUCUAUGGAAAUCAGCUGGAAUCGACGAGCGCGAAUUUUCGUAAUGAGAAAAAAGAGCUGCCGAAGAGCGUAAGCUUUGUGAAUUAGCGAGCGAUAAAAAAAAAAUCGUCUUCUGCGGAGAAUGUCCAGGAGGUAAUAAUUCUGACUGUACAAGACGCGAUCGUAUAACAACGACCGACGGUGUGCAGCGCUGCAAGUUGUUAGCUCUCGUUGCUGAAAGUCGAUCAAGCCUGAAAUCAGCGUCGCAGGGGAUAACCGAUCACCUGCCAUCAGAGACUAUAUACACGCGCAUUGAACGUCGCAAGUUCGAUCAUCGCGCAGCUACUCACCGCAACUACUUGCCGCAGCUUCCGCAUACAGCCCUGUGCGUAUGCGCGCGCGUGUGUGUGUGUGUGAGAGAGCCGAAUGAGCGAAGAACCGCAGCGGCAACAUCAUCAGCAGUGCUGGUCAUCAUCAUUAGUAGCGCAAAGAUGAGCAACGCCACGCUGGGCAACCUGAGACUAGGGGAACCCGAACCCGACUGCCAGUUGCUCAUGAGCAUCUACGAGUCCAAGAAUCAACGCAAGGAGGAUGAGCUUGUGGGCAAAAGCUGCCCCGUCGGCUGGGACACUUUGCUCUGCUGGCCGAAGACCAAGGCGGGAAGCAUGGCCGUUCAGCCCUGCUUCGACGAGUUUAACGGCAUCCGAUACGACGUCAAACAGAACGCGACCAGGUGGUGCUGGCCCAAUGGCACCUGGAACGGCUACACGAACUACACGCAGUGCCGGGAGCUAUACGUGCCGGAGUUGCCGGUCGACAGUAGCGGUGUCGAGAUAACGACCAAUCUCUACCUCAUCGGCUACGGGCUCUCGCUCUCCACGCUUAUCAUCGCCGUCAUCAUAUAUUUGUACUACAGGGAACUGAGAUGCGUCCGGAAUAUCAUACACACGAAUUUGAUGUUCACCUACAUACUCGCAAAUUUCCUGUGGAUCUUGAUGAUCGUUUCGCAGGUCUCCCUCGAGAAGAACAUACCCAUUUGCAUAAUCUUCUACUCCAUGUACCAUUAUUUUCAACUGACCAACUAUUUCUGGAUGUUCGUCGAAGGACUGUACCUGUACGUGCUAGUUGUAAAAACCUUUUCGGGCGACAUCGUCAAGCUCAAGACGUGCCUUUUCAUCGGUUGGGGUAUACCCUUGAUCGUCGUCCUCGUCUGGGGAAUAAUCAAAGCUCUAGCCGAGAACUCCGCCGCAGCAGGAUCUCCCAACGAGGCUUUAUCGAACCACUGUCCCUGGAUGAUUCCACAUCCGUACGAUUGGCUCUAUCAAGUCCCGGCGAUCCUAGUUCUCUGCGUGAACGUAAUCUUCCUAUUUAUGAUAAUGUGGGUGCUGAUAACGAAGCUUCGCUCGGCCAACACCCCGGAGACACAGCAGUACCGAAAAGCAGCGAAAGCUCUUCUCGUGCUGAUACCGCUGCUCGGCGUCACGUACAUUCUCAUGAUCGCCGGGCCGACGGAGGGACAGGUCGCCAACCUGUUCGCCUACAGCAGGGCGGUACUACUGUCGUCCCAGGGUCUAUUGGUGGCGCUGUUCUACUGCUUCCUGAACAGCGAGGUCCGCAACGCGCUGCGGCACCACUACCAGCGUUGGUCAACGGAGCGGAGCCUUGGUCAUCAUCCGAGAUACUACGCGCAGUACACUCCAAGAUCGCGUACCGAGAGCAUAAGAUUUUGUUCCCGUCCCGGAGCCCCAGGCACAGGCUCAAGCCUAGGCCCCGACGGAUGUGCCAACCACAAGCACAACGACAACCAGGAGCACAGCAACCACGAGCACAGCAUACACGAGCACAGCAGCAACGUCCACGCGAUCACGAUUCACAAAGAGCCCCACCCGAUGAUGAGCGAGAGCAGCUGCGUCACCACCGCCGUCGUCGCCGUCCACGACGAGUCCACCGCCGCCGCCGCCGCCGCCGCCGCAGCCGCCGCCACGACCUAUUGCGAACCCGGACGCAGUUGCUGAGACUGGAUGAAACCUGGGAGCUGCUGCUAUUGCUGCGGCGACCGACGAGCUUCUAGCUGAUGAUGAUGAUGAUCGUCGAUUGUCUAGAGACUUUGAUUUUCUUACUUUUUAUACGCGACGAGUUUGGGUAUUCUGUACAUAUGCGCGAAAAUUUAGUAGUUUUCGUUGUGAAUUGUAUUUUAUACCCAUUGCUUUACGUGGGUACUAGUUAUACGCUAUAAUCUUUCAACUUUUUCCACUUGUGACGAACGUUACCGAUACGGAAUAUUAUCUAUGUACAUCCUUGUGUUUUAUGCCGAGUUGAAACUUGACCAGAAAAUGCGCAAAGCGUGAAGAGACUAUACUAUAUGCAUGUUACUAUUAAACUUGUUACAUUUAUCUAAAUGUGAACGAGUGUUCCAAACAAUGAAUGGAGUCUUUGUAAAUAGCUAUACGUUCAUGCCAAUUCACGUUACAUAAGGGUGUAAGACUAGUUUUUAUUAAAAAAAAAUGCAUUUAAGAUUGACGCUGAAAGAACACAAAAUUUUAGAAUCUUAGUUGAUUGUGCUAAGAUAGUAUUUAACAUGUUUCUGUAUGUUUCGAUAAACUAUCGAACGUCGAUGAGCUUGCUGUAUUUUACGAGAAAAUGAGCAUAUAAAGUGCGUGUAUUUACUUGAAGAAUGUGAAAUCAGCGUUAUUGUGUAUGAAUUUAUAUUUCUAUGAAGUUAGUAAAUAGAGAAACAUGUUGUUAUAUGAUCAUGUUGGAAUUUGAAGCUGAUGAUUUCUCGAGCCUAAUAGUUUUAAAGAUAUAAUACUUAUUUACUUUUAUCGACCUAUUUUUAAAACAAGCAAAGAUUAGCUCGACUAUAAUUGUAUUGAACUGUGCAUCAGACUAUAUUUGUAAUAUUAGCAUAUGUAAGGCAAACGUAUAAACAAUUAAUCACUCAAGUUACUAUAAAGCAUUUAUUUUUUACUCAUCAAAGAUUCAGGGUCAUUAAAAUAAGUGUAAAAAAUGUUUGUAUAUCAAUGACACAAAUAUAAAUCUGAACAAAAUGUUUAAAUAUUUAUAAGAUAAUAAAAAUGGUAUUGAGAGGAAGUUUAUCCCUAGUAAUUUUGAAACAUACUAAAUAAACAAAAAAAUUUGUAUAAAGUAAAUACAUUUAUAAUACAAACGUGCCACAAUUCGUUACUGAAGACAAAUUAUAGUAUAUCUUUUUUGUAACUUUUUAUACCAUGUUUAGUUCAGUUGUAUUUGAAGUCUUAUAAUUAUUUGUCAAAAACAUUAUUAAAAAAAAUGAAAAAAAAAAGA